UUUCAAUUCGCACUAUUUUCGAGCACACCCUGUAUAGCCGAGUAAUGUAUUGUAUAUAUUGUUCUUUAUUUGCGCACACAAAAUAUAUUUUUCCGGGAAAAGCGCUUUAAUGCGACAAUUGUGAUCGAUGAUAUAUUUCGGGAGCGCUUCGCGUUUCAAAAUUGAUCGUCAAUGCGUGUCGCGUCGUCGCACCUAGUUUUUCAAUCGGAUGAUUCAAUGUUGACGAGAUCCAAAUCCGGCGACUCUGAUAUACAAUACAAUAAUGGCGAUGUGACCAUCACGCGCCGAUUUUCCUGAGUCACGAUUCGAAAUUUCCGUAAAUUAUCCGCGAAUCUUUCGCGAUUUUAAGUUACAUCCUGCACUUGCUCGUCCUUCCUGACGACGAUGCUUGGUGCUUGUUGAAUUGUCGAGUCUCGUGCGUAUGCAUGCAGGGACAAUUUUUGUUUAUACGAGCAUCAUGAAUUCAUUAUGGAAACCCUGGCAACCCAUCAAGAAAGAACCGACAGCUCCUGCUAUAAUGAAGAGCUUAGACAACAGUUUAGAUGACUUUGAUAAGCUGCCUGAAUUUAAUCCCAAGCUAUUUUUUGUAGACAAAAACUUCCUGAUGGACUCUUGCACGAAAUGUCACAAUAAUAAUAACAAGAGUUUCUUGUUAAUGGAUGGACAAGAGAAUCUGCAAGUCUCCGAUGCUGAAGAGUUCCUGAAAAAAUUGAAUUGUAUCAAAGAGGACACUAAAGUGAAAGUGGUUUCGAUAUUUGGAAAUACAGGUGAUGGAAAAAGCCACACCAUGAACCAAGUAUUUUUUAAAGGUGAAGAGGUAUUUCAAACAUCAAACGAACAGGAUUGUUGUACAUUAGGCGUUUGGGCAGCGUUUGAUCCGAUUCUAAAUGUUAUUUGCUUGGAUACAGAAGGUUUACAAGGUGUUACAAAUUGUGAAAACAAACAUACAAGAUUGUUACUCAAAGUACUCGCAGUAUCCGAUAUUGUAGUUUAUGGAAUCUACUCAGAAAGGCUGAACAGGGAUUUAUUUACAUUUCUGGGUGCUGCGUCCCGUGCUUAUAGUUAUCAUUUUAAAACUGCUUUACAAGCAAUAGGGCAGCAAGAGGGAAUCUCUAACUCACUGAGCACACUUGGACCAAGUAUUAUAGUGCUGCACGAAACUAGGCACACCAUACCUUUGACCAACAAUGAAUCAGAAAGUGCAGAAGACAUCUUGAGAGCUAGAUUUACACAAAUGAAUCUUGAUAUUGAUGCUUUCAACUCUAUCAAAUAUGUUGGACUGCAAAUGGUAAAUGGUAUAACGGAUUAUGAACAACUGCGAUCCGUAAUCGAAAUCGAAUUGAACAAUACGACAGUCCGUUCAGCCAGAAAACCACAUCUAGUAUAUAACACGCUUAGGAGUUUGAACGAUCGGUUUUCUAGCGAAAUAGAAAAUUUAUCCGAUUCUCUAUUUCCAUACCAAUACUUUACUUGCCCUGUAAAAUGUCUGAGUUGUGGUAAUGGAUGUAAUAAUAGUAUGGGACACCUUCGCGAAGGAAAAUCACACAGUAAUAAUGCCAGGUGCAAAUUCCAAUGUCAGUAUGAAAACUCGAUAUACAUAUGCAAGAGAUGUUAUAGGAAUGGAAAUGAAAUUGAAGUAAUCAGAGAGUAUCAAGAGGAAGAUCAGUAUAGCUGGUAUAGCUUCGCAAAAAGUGCCUGGUCAGGAUACAUUAUAAAUUGUCCACAUUGUGGAGAAAUAUACAGAAGCAGACAAUACUGGUAUGGCAAUAAUUCGGAGGAUGUUGCUAUACGCAAAAAGAUCACGCAUGUAUGGAAUAUGCCAAAUUCUAUAGCGUCUCAAAAUACAGCGCAACGGGUCAUCGACAGUGUUUCGUACAUCACCGAAGCGGUCACGAAUGUCUCUCUACAACCUACUAAAGCGCUAAAAGCCUGGGCUGCGGAUCAAGUGGCACCGUCAUAUUGGCGACCAAACAGCGAGAUAAAAUACUGCUAUCAAUGCAAAAUCUUGUUUAGUCCAACAGAUGACAAACAUCAUUGUCGCGAUUGCGGAGAGGGUUUCUGCGCGCAGUGUUCGUCAAAAACGAAGUGCGUGCCCAACAGAAAUUGGUUUUCACCCGUUCGUGUCUGCGACACGUGCUACGAGAAGGAAACUAAUUAUUCCAGUGAUGAUUCCCUCGAUCCUCCUAUUGAGGACGUCGGUGUUCGAAAGAUGACAGAACACGUUGUAUCAACGCUCAACGUCGUCGGAACUGUCUUGAGCUAUUCCAAAUCAUUCAUAAAAGAUUCCGUUCGACCGUCUUAUUGGAUACCUGAUUCGGAAGUUGUCAAUUGUUGCGUAUGCGAUCGAAAAUUUUCCGAUACGCUUUUUUUACAUCACUGCAGAGCCUGCGGACGUGGGGUGUGUCAAGAAUGUUCGCAACAUCGUAAACCUGUACCUCACAGAGGCUGGCAACAUCCUGUUAGGGUAUGCAAUGCCUGUGUUUGAAAUUGACUGAAAGUAUACUUCUCAGAGAUUAGGAUUCCAAAAUAUAGAUCUCACAAUCAGAGGAAUUCUAGAGAUGAAAUAAACGCUUAUUUCACACACAUACACACAUACAAUCGCUUUUGUAAGAUGUACAAAAGCUCUGUAUUGAUUUAAUUGUGAUUAUAGAAUAUAUUUAUUUGGUAAAAGAUUUACAAUCAGCCA